GUCGAAAAUACAAAAGAUAGAUUAAUUUUUUUUUUUGUUUACAUAAAGAUAGAGAUUAAAUUUAAAUGGCCGUGUUAAAAACACGGUCUAAUCAAUACUUAAUUAAUGGUGUGUCGUUGGUCUAAUCAAUACUCUUAAUUUGACGAUCAUCAACGCAUCUUUUUUCUUACGGCAUUCCUUACCUCACCCACCCUCUUAACACCAAAACCCAACCACACUCAUUUCAUCCUCUUAAUCACACCUUCUUUCUCUUAAAACUUUUCAACUUUUCUUCUUUUCAUCCAUUAUUUCACAAUAACCCUUUUCUUUUUUUCACUUUUUCGUUCAAAUUUAGAUAAAGGGUCAUCAUCAAAAUUUCAUUACCUUCAACCCAGUUCAUAAAAAUCAAGUCUUGAAUCAAAUACUUUUGAAUUAGGAUAAAGGGUCAUCAUAAAGAGUUGUUUUUUGUGAGUCCCUUGAUUCUCUGCUUCAACUUUCCACAAAAUUAGUUAUUAUGGCACUCAUACCAUACUACCUUUCUCGGUUACCUUAUCAGGAUUCCCUCCAAAUACUUGAGGCUGAUAUUCAACAAGCUAAUGCUUUGGCUGCUGCAAUUCCAAGAGCUAGAGGAGGGACUCUUAUUAAAAUGAAAUUGGUUUGCAAUCAAUUGGCUCCUCUUGUUUUGUUGUUUCUCCAAUGGAUGGAUUGUUCUUGUGCUGGCUUUUUGCACAGUUAUCUCAGCCUCUUUCACAUACUUAUAUACAAAGAACCAAAUGAUGGUAGAUCAAUCAUGUCUACUCGUGGUAGGAAAGCAACCAUCAAGGACUUUUAUGCCGUUAUAUUACCGUCUCUUCAACGACUUCACGGUAGCUUUGAUGACAAGUUGGAAACUUGUGAAGAUGGGAAGACGUGUUUAGAAGGUUCAAGUUGUGGUAAUAAGGUAAUUGAAGGAGAUGGGAAACUAACAAAUGUUGAUUUGCAAAGAGAAGAUGAAUGUGGGAUUUGCUUAGAGCCUUGUACCAAAAUGGUUUUGCCUAAUUGCUGUCACGCCAUGUGCAUCAAAUGCUACCGCAAGUGGAACAGAAAGUCAGAGUCUUGUCCUUUUUGCCGCGGUAGCUUGAGGAGGGUUAAUUCGGAGGAUCUAUGGGUAUUAACUUGUGAUGAAGAUGUUGUUGAUACUGAAACAGUUUCUAAAGAGGACUUGUUGCGUUUUUACCUCUAUAUCAACAAACUUCCCAAAGAUAGCCCAGAUGCACUUUUCCUAAUGUAUUAUGAAUACCUGAUUUGAUUUUCUUUUGAAAGAGUAGGAAUCGAACUCAGUACCCUGAGGUUUACAACACUCACUUUGCGCAUCAACCACUUGCGCUAGACCUCAGUGGUUUAUUACUUUAUUUGAUAUUAUUUCACAAAAUAAGAAGAAAGUAUGUACAUAUAGAAAAAUCCGGACCGCAAAUGUGAAUAGAGUCCGGCAAAAAAAUUAAAUUAUUGUAAUUUCAUCGUAGCAAUUGUAAGAGAAGUUUCUUGGAUUUUUAGACCAAGAAUACCACUCUUCUUAGUUCUAUGAUGCAUCUUCAUUAUUGUAGACAUUGUUCUUACAAUUAACUUGGAAUUCCUUGUUUAA